AUGAGCACCAGAUUCAAGCUAAAUACCGGAGCCGAGAUUCCUGCCAUUGGAUUUGGAACCUGGCAAGAUGCAGACUCCCAGGAGGCUGCUGUCGCGGAGGCGAUCAAAGCCGGCUACCGACAUAUCGACACAGCCCGGGUCUACCUCACCGAGAAACCAGUAGGCAAAGCAAUCGCGAAAUGUGGUGUCCCGCGCAAGGACCUUUUCAUCACCACAAAGCUAUGGAACAACAAACACCACCCAGACGACGUGGCUGGUGGACUCCAACAGUCCCUCGACGACCUAGGUCUAGAAUACGUCGAUCUAUUCCUGAUGCACUGGCCAGUCGCAUGGCAAAGAGGCGAAGAACUCUUCCCAAAAAAGGAUAACCAGUUCAUACUCGAAGACAUCGACAUUGUCGACACCUACAAAGCAAUGGAAAAACUCCUCAAAACCGGCAAAACCAAAGCCAUUGGCGUCUCGAACUUCUCUAAACCAGAGAUAGAACGCCUCGUCAAAGAAGCAUCCGUUGUGCCAGCAGUCCACCAAAUGGAAUGCCACCCCUGGCUCCAGCAGGAAGAAUUUACCGCAUGGCACAAAGCAAAGGGGAUUCACGUCACACACUACUCGCCCCUUGGAAACCAAAACGCGUUAUAUGGCGACAAGGGCGGAAUGGGGAAGUUGAUUGAGGAGCCACUUUUGGCGAAGAUUGGGGAGCAGUAUGGGAAGAGUGCUGCGCAGGUUGCUCUUGCGUGGGGUGUUACGCAGGGUCAUUCUGUGCUUCCAAAGUCUAAGACGCCAUCGCGUAUCAAGACUAAUCUGGAGAGCGAUUUCAAGUUGAGUGCGAGUGACAUGGAGAGUAUCCGGAAAAUUAAUAAAAAGAUUCGGUUUAAUGAUAGUAGUGGAGAGUUUGGGAGGGACUUCUUUGAAGGCUGUGAAGGGAAGUGA